AUGACUGCUGAUUUGUUGUCAAUGGAGCGGUACGUUGGGCCGGUGAACCCUUCAUUAUAUCCACAGCUAGCAGUGCUUUUGCUCGCAAUAGGUCUUUUUUUUAUGGCUUGGUUCUUCGUUUAUGAGGUAACUUCAUCGAAGUUUACUCGAGUGCUUAUGAAGGAAUUGUUAAUUUCUUCAGUUGCGGCUCUUUUCCUUGGAUUUGGUUCGGUUUUCCUCAUGCUUUGGACAGGAAUCUAUGUUUAA